CGUCGCCCUCACCUCUCCGUUGUCGCACUUCGCCGCCAUUCCCUCUGUUCCUUCGUCUUCCACUUUGACCCUCUCUCUUCUUCUCUCAAUUCAAGUCUCACCAUCCCCUUUCACUCACCUUCUCCUACCCCCAACUUGUUGGCUUCCCAUCAUGAUCAUGGCGGAAUCAUAAGAAUCACCAGUACCAGGAGGCGAUAGAGUUGGAAAUACAGAGGGGAAGCUCCGGCGAUGCCCGAUGUGGAGAAAGUUCUUGAAUUUCUGAGCAGGAGUGGGUUGAAAGAGGUCGAAUUGGCUCUCAAGGAGGAUAUCAUCAAGAAGAAUGAAUUAGGAUCUGUCUAUUUUGAGAAAUUCUUGUUCGAGCUGCCUCCGGUGAGGAUUUCGUGGGCCAAUUUUCUGCAAUUGGAGGUUGGGGAAGAAGCUACCGCCGGCGGGGAUUCUUUUGGAGAUACAUCGAAUUCUUAGAUAGUUGGCUCCGACGAUGAGAUCGGGAAAACCAAAAAUUCAACCUCGCCCAAACCCCACUUCGCACUCGCCCAUAAAACCAAAAAUUUCCAUUUUUCCCAGAUCGGGAAACCCAUUUGUUGUGAUAACGCACCGGUGUCCUGAAAAAAGAGUUCGCCAAAGGCACCAGCAACGGAGAUGGCUCCCCAAGAGAAACCAUUUGUCCGAGUUAAAGCUAUACGAGUCGCGGAACUCGGUGAAUAAUCUUAAGAUCGACCCGUUUUCCACGAACUUUGCACCAUUUGUUCUUUCUUUGGUCGAUUUUCACAGAUCUGAAAAAUCCGCUUCCAGACCACAUCGCCUGCCAUCGUCUACACCUCUCACUAGUCAAAGACCGCAGGCGAGGAAGAAAACAACAAGGAAGUCACUGCUGAAGAACCCAAACAGAGGAAUCCAUCGCCGGAUCUGAAGUCGGCUCGGUCAUAACCUACCAUCGGGAAACCUGCGACCAGCAUUCUCAUCUUCCCGGCGACGGCCACGAAAGCUCUGGCGCUACUCAUCUUUGUAGUUAGCGUCGGAGGAGGAAGAGUUGAAGAGGGAGCAAGAGGCGGCCAAGAUUUCCUGUUGGGGGCGAGGUGGGCGGUGGAAGGGGAAGGUUAGGCAAGGUUUUUUUUGCCUUAGUUUUAAUUAAAAAUUGUGAGUAGUAAAGUAUAAAAGAUUAAAAUUUAUUUUUAAUUUCCAUGUCAUCAUUUUAACGGUCAGACAUAACUGUUGACCGCCAUCUAGGACAUAUUUAACGGUGAGUGACCAAAUAUAACAUAAAUGUGUAGUAUCGGUGCUAAGUUGAAUGGUUUUUGAUUCGGGUGGCUAAAGUGUUAUAAAUGAAUAAUAUGGGUGACCAAAUUUGCAAUUCACCCGUUUUUCUGUCUUAGAGGCUGGUUUGUAGAAUAUUUUUAUUAGACAGGUUAUGUUCUCCACCAUUUGGUUGGCCAAAUCCUAGCUAGCAAGGUUUUUGCUAGAAACCCUUUCUUAUGAAUAAUAACCCACCGAUUCAUUAAAAAAAAGUUGAAACUAAAUGUCUGUGUUAAAGUGCCAGCGCAAUGGUAUGCUUUUUCAAGUAAAUUCAUGAGUCAUGACUAGGUGUUUACUUCGCUAAUGUGCCAGUUCUCUCUGCAUUGUAUUGACAGUGUGUUCACAAUCCAUGGAUCUGAUGACACAGUUGUCCCUGCUGGAGAUGACUUCGCAAAGGUCAUAUUAAACCAGAAGCUACACAUCAUCCAAGGUGUUGAUCAUGAUUCUCAUCAAACCUCCUCACACGUAGUUUUGGAGUUCAUAAAAUCUAGACUGUAUUAGCCGAAUACAAGCUCUUCUACUGCCUAGAAAACCUUCUGGAUUUGCAGGGUGCAGAUAUAGUUAUUCUCAUUAACAUUAUAACAAUAGCUUCCAAUUGAUAUCAGAUUAAUCCUUGUUCAAAAAAAUGCUUGAACUUCUGACGAUGUAUUAGUCAUUGUCGAGACUUUCCAGUGGUAAGAAGUUUUUAUGAGUUCUGCUAAUUUAAUAUUCACAACGGAGACUAACCAGUGGUAUAAGAAGUGUUAUGAAGUUUUAUUCGCGUUGAUCUCUAUAUUUUCGUGUUGCUUUUUGGCAUAUAAUUCGUCUUUUAAAUUCGGGCUGUUUAAUUCUUAUCCACAAAUAUUUAUGAGAUUUAAAUCAUCAGUUUGGUGUUGUCUUCAUAUCUUUAUUUGUAAAAAUUUAGAACUUACUGUAUUUGCUGCAACCGAGCUUUUAAAAUAAGUGGAAAAUUGGUGAAGCUCUAAUUCAUACACAAUAUAUAUGCGUGUACUUUUCCCGUGUUAGAGUUGCUAACUUAAUAAUUAAAGUAAUAGAGUUUAAAAUGUGAAAUCCUGGACAAGAAGGUUUUCAACAUGUCCAAAAAUUCAAUGUCCGUCUCCAUUACCGUUUCUUUAUCAUCUAGGAAAAGGCCAAGGUUGUCAAACUAGUUUAUAUCAGUGUGCCGGUUUUGUAGGUGGAAUGGUCUGACCGUGGUAUAACCAGUAUUCAUGCCGGUUGUGCCGGUUUUAAUAAAACACAUGAGGAAAAUGGAAAUCCUCAAUUCCAAAUAAAUUAGUCAUGAAAAAAGCAAUCAAAAGAAUUAUUUCACGCAAAAUAAUUUAUAGCUAAUAAUUGGUAACUAAUACUAAACAAUUAGAUGCUUAAAAAUAAAAUUUUAUUAAUGUUUAUAAUGAUUUGUGUAACAUUUAGUAUUAGAUAUAUAACAUAUAAGGUUAAUAUAGACAACAAAAUUGCUUGUAGCCUACUGUGUAUAUGUUAAACUAAAAUGAACAUGAGGUACUUGGUUCAAAUCCUAUGGAGGAUGUUUGUUUUUGGAUAUAAUGUGUGUAACAUUAAAUUCCGGUUUCAGGUCUAACCGGCCGGAAUUUCCGGAUUUGACCGAAUCUCACCGGCAUUGACUGGAUUUGACCACAGUUAAUUAUCGGGCCCUUUCCAGCCGGUUUGCUGACCGGUACCGGUUGAACCGGCCGGCAUGAAAUCGGUUUGACAACCAUGGAAAAGACCUUGCUAUUUUCUUUUAAUUUAAGGAGAGAGUUGAUUUUUACUAAUAAAGAAAGAUGUCAAUAUAUUUGCCAUUGGUAUUUGGUAAUGUCAUCAAAAUCAAAACCUAUUUAUAUAGUCGAAACAAUAUCUAUUUAAAUAUAUUAAUAAGUCAGAUUCAUUAGUGCGUGAACAAAUAUUCUUUAAAUACAAAAUGAUGUAUUACUACUAAAUCAAAACCAAAAUAAAACAUACUAUUGCUCUUUCUUUAAAACAGACCAACUCGUCGGGCUCGAAACUAGCUAUGACAGCCAACCAGUAUCACCGCUCUCUCAAAUUCAUUCUCGGCUCAUUUUUGUACCUAGACUCCAACAGAUCUCUCAGCCCUGACAACUGAUUUUUGUCCCUCAUCGGUUCGAUAGAUUUUCUUACCCGCACAAUAUUCAUAUUUCAUGUAUAAUCAAAAUAAUUGUUAUAGUGUCUGCUUCUAUUUAUCCUCUCUUGUCGUCCCUGCAGCUAUCUUUUUACAUCGUUGUUGAAACAAAAUAAGUGUUAAUCUUUCCCACCAACUCGCGAUUCAACCAUCGUUGAGGUUGGGAAUCUAUGAGGAACUAUACUAUUUACUGGAGCGGAGUUUCGCAACGGUCUAUAGUUUCCGCCAAGGUAUGUUUUUUCUCCAAUGAGUCUUACAUAGCUCCCUCUGUUUUUUAUUACUUCGUGGCUAGUUAUAGAAAUCAAGCUGAAAAGAAUUAGCCAGUUCAAUAGUGAUGUACUGAUAUUGGGGUUUUAUACUUAUGUUUGCAAAGUUGCGUGAAUCACUUUUGGGAAAUUUUUGGUCGUUUUCUAUGCAUUUCAACGUAACUUCAAAAUUGUUAUUAUAGAUGAGUUUUGUUUCGUCAUCAUAAAAAAUUUACGUAAUACUUAACAUAAAAAUUUGAGCUUUGAGUUGAUUGAGAAGUUAGACAAAUUUUGCGGGUGUUGAAUUUGAUUCAAAUGUAUAACUGAAAUAUGAUCCAAAAGUCCUUUAGGGGACAUCUGAUAAAAUUGAAAUAUAUGGUCCAAACGAUGUUCAUUUUUGUUUUUGAAUAUCAAAUUGGUUUUAUUUCUUUCUGAAGUCACAAAUCUUUUUUCAUAAAAUUCAAUUUCUACGAAAAUCGACUGUAUAUUUUUUUUAUUGGAACCUGACUUCAUUAAUUAAUUAUAAAACUUACAAUAGUCAUCAGGUUUACUUGGAAUCUAAUUUCAGACCCUCAACUUCAAUUGAAGGAGGUCUUUCGGCCCAAAAACAUUAUUGGCCCCAAUUUGUUUUAAUAUGGGCAAAAACAUGGCAACGUGAUUUGAUUUUCUUGUUGCAUAAAACCACCUUACAGAAUUAUUUCCCGUCCAUCUAUCCGCCUCAUCCUUCAUCAACCAUGCUCUUACACAAUAGCUUCCAAUUUCUGUCCUAUCUCCCACCACUUCAUUCAUCAACCUGAUAAGAUUCUCACAAUCGCUCUCAAUAAUCAGAGGUAGAAACCCUCACUCCAACGCCUCUUUUAUUAUUGAAACCAUCGAUCUGGCCUCCGCCUCUUCUGGUUGACACGCCCCUCUUUCCCGAUGAGCCCUACCCAUUGCAAUCCCUAAUAACUCCUCCAAUUCCAAUUUCUUUACCAUCCACAAUUCAAACAUCUACAUUAAGCUUAAAGACCCCCUUAUCUGGACGAACCCAUCUCUUUGGGAUUUGUAGCCUUGCAUGCGUUUGAAUUGAUUUUUGCCCCUGAAUUUCGAGGUAAUCCUGGAUCCAGCUUAUAGCCUUCGGUAUUAUAUCUUCUUCCUCUAUUUUCUUUCUAAUAAACUUAUGCAUAUUUUUUUCAUUCAAAAGAGACCAGAUUAUAGCAGCAAACCUUUGUAUUGUUUCCUCUGGGAAUUUCUCAAAAAUAGAGCAUAACCAUUUUGGGCAUUCAAGAUUAUCACCAACCUCGAAACACUCCUUCUCCAGACUCAACUUCCACAAUUUGCUCGUCCAACCACAAUCCCGGAGCGCAUGUUCAGGAGUCUCGAUUAAGCCACUGAAUGGACACUCCGGACCAGCUUUCGUUGAUUUUUCGACCAGCCAACUCCCUGUAGGUACUGCUCUCAUACUCAUUCUCCAUAGGAACGUCUUCACCUUCAUAGGCAUCUUGGUUUUCCAUAGUUUAGACCAGUUUUGUGCCCGAGCAUGAGUGAAAUUUGUGUCUCUUUUCUUAAUCGGGUGAUACAACUCUCUGUAUCUUCUAUACCCCGAUUUAAUUGUAUACUUUCCACCCUUGUCAUGAAUCCAUACUCUCCUGUCUUGAGUAGCUGAAUCUAUAAUGAGAAUUGCUCUAAUUUAAUCACAAUCCUCUUCUGAAAAUAGUGUGCUUAACAGAUCCCCGUCCCAAGUAUUUGUCUCCCAAUUUAUGAGUGAAGAUACCUUGAGAGAUCAUUCACUUCCAACCGGAUAUUGAUCCAGGCAGUAGCUGGGUUUUCUAGGGAUCCAUCUGUCUUGCCAAGCUCUGGUUUGAUCUCCAUUACCCACCCUCCAUCGUAGGCCAUCUUCCAAGAGAUCCUUAGCUCCCAUUAAGCUCCUCCGCACAUAACUCGCAUCAUGCCCAAUUGUAGUUUGCAAAAUAUCAGUCGAAGGAUGAUACUAGCUUUAAUGACUCUAGCCACCAAAGCUUCAGUUUUAUUCAUAAGGUUCCACACUCGUUUUGCAACCAUUGCCAUAUUGAAACCUUUCAAAUCUAUAAAUCCAAGUCCUCCCUCACCCUUAGUGUCACAUAAUCGAUUCAAAUUAACCCAAUGGAUCUUUGAUUCCUUUGCUUUUUGUUCCCACCAGAAACUGGAAAGGAGUCCCUCGAUUACAUCCAAAAUGCCAUCUGGGAUUUUGAAAACCAUCAUAGGAUAUAGAACUUGCGCUUGUGCAACAAGUGUUUUAUUUAAUCCAAACUCCAAACAAAUACUUAAAAUAUUUGAGAUGUUUGUCAAUAUGGUAGCUUGGACAAUCCUUUUACGUCAUUUUCAACUCUUAGAAAUAACAAAUAUUCUUCGUGAAACUUAUUUUUUAAUUAUAAUCUUUUUAGAUUGUUGUUGACCACAAAGGAAUUUUAUAGGAUUUGGCAAAAAAACUCGAAAACAGUAUACUAUGUUCGAACUUUGUGAUAUUCUACGCAAUAAAAAAUAGUAUUCGUGAUAAGUUCGAAAACACAAAUAUUCUUCGUGAUAUUAUUUUUUUAUUAUAAUUUUUUUAGAUUGUUGUUGACCACAAAGGUUCUUUUAUAGGAGUUGACCAAAAAGUUCGAACACAGUAUAAGGUGUUCAAAUUUUGUAAUAUUCUUCGUGAUAAGUUGGAACGCUUAAAUAUCCUUUCAUUUUAACGGUAGGCUAAUCCCUUCGAGUUUCUAAUGUGGUUUUCAGUCCAUAUUGUCUUAGUUUUGUUCGUAUAACAGAAAAUCAAGUUAUUUAUGACAA